AUGCCGCAGCUCAACGGCGGUGGAGGGGACGACCUGGGAGCGAACGAUGAAAUGAUUUCCUUCAAAGACGAAGGGGAGCAAGAAGAGAAAAUUUCAGAGAACUCCUCGGCUGAAAGGGAUUUAGCAGAUGUCAAAUCGUCUCUUGUGAACGAGUCAGAAACGAAUCAAAACAGUUCCUCUGAUUCUGAGGCGGAAAGACGGCCUCCACCUAGAUCUGAAACUUUCAGAGACAAAACAAGAGAAAGUUUAGAGGAGGCUGCGAAAAGGCAAGAUGGAGGGUUGUUCAAGAGCCCACCGUACCCGGGCUAUCCAUUUAUUAUGAUUCCCGAUCUCACAAGCCCCUACCUUCCCAAUGGAUCACUUUCUCCGACAGCACGCACAUACCUACAGAUGAAAUGGCCCCUGCUAGAUGUUCAACCAGACGACAGAGGUCAAAGUGACACCAGGGUCUUGCGCCAAAACUCGGCCGGACGAGACGUGGCGUCAGUCCGGCUCGGAGACAAUGAGAAUGGGAGCACCGGGCUCUUUGUGUCCAGCAGCGUCUGGGUGGCUUCUUCUCACACAAUCCCCUCAGUGUUGGCUUAG